AUGGAUCCACUCUGCUCUAUUCCUGUCAGUCCUGCUCCAUCCUGUCUGGAGACUCAGAACACAGGCUGCUCCAUCCUGUCUGGAGACUCAGAACACAGGCUGCUCUAUUCCUGUCUGGAGGCUCAGAACACAGGCUGCUCCAUCCUGUCUGGAGGCUCAGAACACAGGCUGCUCCAUCCUGUCUGGAGGCUCAGAACACAGGCUGCUCCAUCCUGUCUGGAGGCUCAGAACACAGGCUGCUCUAUUCCUGACAGUCCUGCUCCAUCCUGUCUGGAGGCUCAGAACACAGUCUACUCUAUUCCUGUCUGGAGGCUCAGAACACAGGCUGCUCCAUCCUGUCUGGAGACUCAGAACACAGGCUGCUCCAUCCUGUCUGGAGGCUCAGAACACAGGCUGCUCUAUUCCUGUCUGGAGGCUCAGAACACAGGCUGCUCCAUCCUGUCAGUCCUGCUCCAUCCUCACACAGAGGUCCUGUGUGGUUUUAAAUGUAUGCACGCCCCAGUCCCCUCACUACCACCAGCCCCAGUCCCCUCACUACCACCAGCCCCAGUCCACUCACUACCACCAGUCCCAGUCCCCACACUACCACCAGCCCCAGUCCCCACAGUACCACCAGCCCCCUCACUAAUACCAGCCCCAGUCCCCACACUACCACCAGCCCCAGUCCACUCACUACCACCAGCCCCAGUCCCCUCACUACCACCAGUCCCCUCACUACUACCAGCCCCAGUCCCCUCACUACCACCAGCCCCAGUCCACUCACUACCACCAGCCCCAGUCCCCACACUACCACCAGCCCCAGUCCCCUCACUACCACCAGCCCCAGUCCCCUCACUACCACCAGCCCCAGUCCACUCACUACCACCAGCCCCAGUCCCCUCACUACCACCAGUCCCCUCACUACUACCAGCCCCAGUCCCCUCACUACCACCAGCCCCAGUCCCCACACUACCACCAGCCCCCUCACUAAUACCAGCCCCAGUCCCCUCACUACCACCAGCCCCAGUCCACUCACUACCACCAGCCCCAGUCCCCUCACUACCACCAGUCCCCUCACUACUACCAGCCCCAGUCCCCUCACUACCACCAGCCCCAGUCCACUCACUACCACCAGCC